CUGUCUCCCCGUUUGUCGCAUUCGCUUUACGCUCACACUUACUUUUCUUCCUUGUUAUUUAUGUGAGAUUUUGGGUGUUGCCCUCGGAUGCCGCUUCUUGAUUAGAAGGAGAGAGGGAAAAUAUGCAAAAUGCAAAUGCAGGGAGAAAAUUCCUCGGAUUCUGCUCUCGAUUAGGAGCACAUGUCAUAACUAUUUUACGGAAGACCAGCGCACAGUGACCAACGGAUCGCUUAGCAGCGCGAUUCGAUCGCUUGACGGUAUGUGGGGAAAAAAUAGAGGCGGAGAAUUGGGACUUGAUUCGCAGUGGUCGCGGGUUCGAGUUUGGAGUUUGCAUGCCGGAAUUGGAAGAAAGAGUGGCGGUGAUUUGGGAAAGGUUUCUUGUUAGGAAAGUUUCCAAGGCUGCCGUUUCAGUCGUUCAUGUCGAAGAGAGAGAUGGCACCAUCAUCCUCGAGCUCACCAUGCGCUGCCUGUAAAUUUCUCCGUAGAAAAUGUACAGCAGAGUGCGUGUUUGCGCCGUAUUUUCCACCUGACCAGCCGCACAAAUUCGCCAAUGUGCACAAAAUUUUCGGCGCAAGCAACAUCACAAAGCUGCUAAACGAGCUGGCGCCCCACCAGAGAGAAGAUGCGGUGAAUUCCCUGGCCUAUGAAGCAGAAGCACGGAUGAAAGACCCAGUGUACGGGUGCGUGGGAGCCAUCUCCAUCCUGCAGAGGCAGAUGCACCAUUUGCAGCGGGAGCUGGCGGCGGCGCACGCCGAUCUAGCGCGCUAUACAGGCGGUGCGGCGGUCACGGUUUCGAAUCCCGUUGCCCUCUUACAGCAAGGCCCAGGAGGCUCUUUGGGCAUGGGAAUGGGUAUGCAGGCUUCUUCAGGUCUGGGCAUUUCAAUGGCGGGAACCUCUCAUUCCAUGCACCAUCAACAGCAACAGACCCAACAACAGCAAGUUUUUGAUGGGCAACUAACGAGGGAACAGUUAGCGGAGCUGGCAAGAGUGGGAGGAGGUUGUUAUGAGGCUGGGUUUGCGGCACUUGGAAUUAACAGCAACAGCAACAGCAGCAUUCCUCCCAGUCCCACAGUGACAGGAGGACAGCCGUUUAAUCACAGGUUACCCACUGGUAGUGACGGCGCCAGCAGGAAUAGCGGUGGCGGAGGAAGUAUGGGACACUUGUCUCCACAUUAAAGGAUUUCUGCUUCUUCUGCUUAACUCUUUCUUUCAGGUAAUAAGCUCAUAUCCAUAUCAUUUUCACAUUGGGGGUGGAAUUGGGAUUGGAAUUCAUCAGUGCUUGUAUGAUAUUCUGGCUAUGUUUUCUCAUAUUGGAGGAAUCACCAUUUCUCGUUUUCUGCAUUUCUUUCUAUGCCCAUGCCCCCUUGCAUAUUUUCUGGGGGUUUUUCAAAGAAUUUUGCUGCCCUUUCUGGGUUUUUUUCCAAGAAUUUUGCCCUCUACUUCUGUCCCAGGAUAUAAGUAUUCUGUAAAGAUAUUAUCAGCUAUAUAAGAUAAGAAUAUGUAGUAAAGGCAAGUGUUGUGUUGUGUGAGAUAUUACCAGCUGAGUGACAACACAUAUCUUUGGGAGAAGAUUCAAUGAAUAAAAUGAAAUUGUUUUUAUUUUUUCAAAA